UGCUUUUGGCCUAGAGAUCUAAUUUUGAAGUCUUGAUAUUGUUAUAACUGUGGAGGCAAUGCAGAUAGGGGAAUUGUGUGUGUGUGUAAUCAGCUGACACAGAUAACAGUGGCGAGUGCUUGGCAACCAUUCAGCAUAGAUUUGUGUUGUAAACAGUACUGAGGCCAGUCACAUAGGAUGGGUUAGGUGACAUCCAGAAUGGACAAGUGAAGCUCUAUCGGUUUUGAGAAGGGAACCUUUGUAAAGAGAGAAGGUGACAGUCAAAAUGGUUUGGUUUGGAUUCAAAGUGAGGACACUUCACAAGUACGAGACAAAGUCAAGUUCAGUACAGUGAGUCCAGUGUGAAGGUGGUACAGAACAGUUGAAUCCAGUUCGAGCCUGGGAUGAGGUGGAGAGGCCAGUAGAGUUUGGUACAUCAGUAUGGUUAUCUACUUUGAAGCAUUUGUACUUUCAUUGUUACAUGUUGUCAGUGGUUCAGUAUUGGCUGUGAUUUAUUAGUCAUUAGUUACUUUACACAUUAUUUGGAGCCAUGACUUCUCAAGCUCUUUGAGUUCUCAAUGAUGCAUUGUGCAGAGUAUUUAUUUGUGUCUGAAUAUAGACAGAUGUUACAAUAUUUAAAUCUAGUAGUGCUUAUUGAACUUUAGAUAGAGUAGUUUAUUUAUUCCGGACAUUACAUGAAUUUUGGACAACUUGAAGUGUUGAUUUUACCUCGUUUUGACGCGAUUAAUUUGCAAAAGUGAGGGUUUGUGCACUGUGCAUGUCCAUUUUCAAUCAAUUCUAUGUCACUUUCGUUCGUUUUCAAUAUUUUCCAGACAGUAUACAUCAUUUUUAAAGUUGCAUGAUCUUUGAAUCAGCUUGUUGACUUUAAAAUCAUUCUGUAUAAAUAAAUAUAGAAAUACUGUAAAAUGUUUGACAUUAUUGUUCUAACAGAAGGUUACACCCAGCUGGACUAGCAAGGAACUGUUAGAUCAUGUAGCACCAUCACACUACUAAAAGGUCCCCACCGCAACAUUAUUGUUAAUACUGGGAACCCUUCGGAAAGGGACUUACUUCUCAAAGCUUUGAGUGACCAGGGUUUGAAACCUGAAGACAUCCACUAUGUUAUUUGCUUAAAUGGACACAUAGAACAGAUUGGCAACCUCAACCUCUUCUCUAGAGCUGUCCAAUGUGUGGGCUAUGAUAUUUGUCAACAUGAUCAGUACUUACUGCAUGAGUUGAAAAAGGUCUUAUUUGUUCUUCCUGCAGGGGAUGCCCUUCAACAUAGAUGAGGAUGUAGAAAUAGGGCCAACACCUGGUCAUACAGGAAAUGAUGUGUCGGUGGUGGUGAAGAAGGCCAAUCUUGGAGUAUCAGCAGGGGGGAUUUAUUUUAUUGUGAAGGUGACCUUUUCUCCCCCUCCCUUUGGCUGAAAAAUAGUGAGCGACCACAUCUCCAGGUGCAAUCAAGAUAUACCAUAUUGGAGAUGGCUGACUUUAUCAUACCAGGACAUGGACCUACGUUUAAGGUUGAACUAAAGGAGCAAAAAAGAACUAAAGAAAACUUUAGGAAGAGAAUGCGUGAAGUAAAGGAACUGGAUAUAACAGCUGACAAUCUGGUCAAGUCUCUAGAAAGUUUAUUGAAAGAAAAAGGGCAUGAGGUGAAACAGGAGCAGCAGAGAAACAGAGAGCUGGAUGCCAAAUUUAAGAAUCUACUCCAGGAGAAAGAAAGUAUUGAAGCUCAGCUUCAAAAAAUACUUGAUAAUCAUUACACAGAGAAGUCAGAGUUGAGUUCUAAGAUUAAAAGUCUUCAAGAAGAGAAAAAAACCCUCAAAGAUGUCAAAGAGCAAAACAAACAAUGUGAACAUUUGAGCGACUCUGACAGCACUGAAGUAGAUCUAGACAGUUCAAUUUUCCUGCAGGAAGACGUGGGAUGGCAGCCAAUAGACCAUGAACAACCUAGCAGCCAUUCCGUAAAAAAGGUUCAAGACCAGAAAAACAAGCGGUACUUAGAAAAAGCUCAAGCUAGGAGUGAAGAGAACUUGAGAAACACAAGCAAUGAAGUUAGUAACAUAAAGUCAAGGUUGAUAGAUGUGGAGCAUGAAAAAAUCAUGCUAGUGAAACAGCUGACACAAUUUAGAUCAAAAUACAACUACAUAACCAGACAGAAAGACAAAGAAAUCCAGAGACUCAAAAGUGAACUGGAGCGUGUACAAAUUACAACUUGUGGAUUGUUCUUUGCAUUAUCAUUACAUGAUACAUUUCAUGUGAGGACAAAGAAUCCGCUACUAGCCCUAAACUUUUAUAAACUCAAUAGAGCAUCACAUCUUAAUUUAAUAUACUCCAGCUAUAUCGUGCUUUGGUAUUCAAUGUAUUCUAAUGUUUAAAAUAAAAAAGCUAAAUAAAAUUUUUUCUUUUUUUUU